GUUGACGUGCCGUUAGAGAGGUUAGAACGCGAAACAAAAAAAAAUAUGGAUAAAAAGAAAAUUGAUGUUACGUUUUGGGAUGAGUUUGAAAAAAAAGUGGAUUGUUCAUUAGUGCCUCGUUUUUCGCAAGAUACCGUGCGACCUUGCACGGAAGAGGACUUUCAAGAUUAUACGUUUAAUCUAGAAAACAACCUACGCCGCAUCAUUUCAAUGUUGGAUGAUUUGUUGCAAAAUGAAGGUCAAUGGACAACUAAGACUAAAAAACACCUAACUAAAGUGUUGGUAAUAGUUGGUGAGCAGCAUAUUAAAAAUGCAUGGAACACAAGUUCUUGCAUUGAAUUAUCGAAUGAAUUGAUUUCGAGACUCUGUAGAAUUUUUAAACACGAGAGCGUAACUGAAAUAAUUAAAGACGAUGAUACAUUUGUUUCUGUAUUAAUGUUUUUGAGGCCAAGGUUAUUAAAUGACACUUGGAAGUUCUACCCAGCUGCUGUCAUCUGCUACAAGUGGCUUUUAGAGUGCAUGAAAAAGCCUCUGUUAAAAAGACACGUUCCAGAAAUUCUUCCAACAGCUUUGAUUAUUUUUGAUGACUAUGUUGCAGAGAAUCAGGCCUUUGGUUUAGAUUGUAUAAACAUCAUUAUUGAACAUUGUCAAAAAAGCAGAUGUUUGAGAAAUCUCAAUCAUGACGAAGUGAUUUAUCAAGCACUUGAAAAAAUGAUGUACAAAGUGACACCUGAGUUGAUUGUUCCUCUAUACGCCUGCAUUUCUAAUUUAUUAGAAAACAUGGAAUUAUGCAACGACAGUGGUAACAAGUUUGGAUGGACAAAGUAUGAUGAAGUUUUAAUUAUUUUGCUGGAUAACAUGGAGUUACAGAGUAAAUUCGAAUGCCGAUACGCCUAUGCGGUGAGUCUUAAAAAAUUUUUGAAAUUUAGCAAUUCUGGUAAACAGAUCAAAAGACUAGCUAGAAUAUUGAGCGAGUACUGUGAAAAUACUAUUGAUUUGAAAACCACAGAUGUGGCUCUUGAUCUUGUAAAGAUGUUGAUGUCAACGUACAAACCAAUCAAUGUGAAUUUUUAUUCUCAAGUUUAUUCUUCUCUUUUGAAACUUUGCUUGGAAUUGUCUUUGAGGAAAAAUGUUAAUGAUAUUCAUGACAAAGCUUGCGAGUGCAUCAAUUUGUUGAACGAAUCAUGUCCGCAUGUGAGCAAAGAAAUAUUAGACAAUGAUGUGAUAAGAUCUGUCGUCAGGACCACGUAA